AAGCUAAGUGCACUUGUCGGUCUCAGUGUUUAUCGCUCCGCCUCCUUUGGACUCUGGACAGACACACACACACACACACUGAAGCUUUAAUACACUAGUGCACCGCUUAUCUUUCGGGAUAAUAUAACUGUAUAUAUCACACAUCCCCUAAAGAGAAGAGACUCACAGGAGCGCAGUUGCCAGCAUGUUCUCAUACGGAGGAAUCUCGGCACAGAUCAGUACUAACAGGCUAAAGGCAGAUGGCGUCGGCUCUUUUGAGCAGGCUUUACACUUCCAGAACCAGGACUUUGAGGCCCUCAAACAGGAGUGUUUGGAAGGGGGCUACCUAUUUGAAGACCCCUGCUUCCCCGCCGAACCCCCCUCUCUCGGCUUCAAAGAACUUGCCCCGUAUUCCUCCAAAACUCGUGGUGUGGAAUGGAUGCGCCCCACGGAGCUCAGUGAUGAUCCUCAGUUCAUUGUGGAUGGAGCCUCACGCACAGACAUCUGUCAAGGAGCUCUGGGUGACUGCUGGCUCCUCGCUGCUAUAGCCUCGCUGACUCUCAAUGAAAAACUCCUCCACCGGGUCGUCCCUCAUGGCCAGAGCUUUCAAGAUGACUAUGCUGGAAUAUUUCACUUUCAGUUCUGGCAGUUUGGUGAGUGGGUUGAUGUUGUGAUUGAUGAUCGGCUCCCAGUCAGAGAUGGAGAGCUCAUGUUUGUCCAUUCAGCAGAGGGAAAUGAGUUCUGGAGUGCCUUGGUUGAAAAAGCCUAUGCUAAGCUAAAUGGCUCCUAUGAAGCUCUCUCUGGAGGAUCCACCACUGAGGGUUUUGAGGAUUUCACUGGAGGGGUUUCAGAGAUGUUCGAGCUCCGCAAAGCUCCAAGAGACCUGUACCGAAUCAUCAGCAAAGCCCUGGAAAGAGGCUCUCUGCUGGGUUGCUCUAUCGAUAUCACUAGUGCCUUUGACAUGGAAUCUGUGACAUUUAAGAAGCUGGUCAAGGGUCAUGCUUACUCAGUGACUGCUCUCAAACAGGUGGAAUUUAGGGGUCGUACAGAGAGGCUUAUCCGCAUCCGUAACCCAUGGGGUCAGGUUGAAUGGACGGGGGCCUGGAGCGACAACUCCCCUGAAUGGGAGGAAAUCGAUCCAUCUGAAAAGGACGACUUGCACUUACGAAUGGAGGAUGGAGAGUUCUGGAUGUCAUUCAGUGAGUUUUUGCGGCAGUUCUCCAGGCUGGAGAUUUGUAAUCUGACACCUGAUGCUCUGAUUGAUGAUGACCUGAGCCACUGGAACACCAUCAAGUUUCACGGUGCCUGGCGGAGAGGCAGUACCGCAGGAGGCUGCCGAAACCAUCCCAACACGUUCUGGAUCAAUCCACAAUACAAGAUCACACUGCUGGAGGAGGAUGAUGACCCAGAGGAUGAAGAAGUGGCCUGCAGCUUUCUGGUGGCUUUACUGCAGAAAGACCGCAGACGGUACCGCCGCCACGGACAGGACAUGCACACCAUCGGCUUUGCUAUCUACGAGAUUCCUGAAGAGUAUGCAGGCUGUCAGAAUGUGCACCUUAAAAAGGACUUCUUCCUGACACACUCAUCGUGCGCCCGCUCUGAGACCUUCAUCAACCUGCGGGAGGUCAGCACUCGUCUCCGUCUGCCUCCCGGUGAAUACAUCAUCGUCCCCUCCACCUUUGAACCCAGCAAAGAGGCUGAUUUUGUCCUACGAGUCUUCACUGAAAAGCAGUCCCAGACAGAGGAAUUGGAUGAUGAGAUUUCAGCUGACCUGGAGGAUGAGGCAGAAAUUACAGAGGAUGACAUUGAUGACUCUUUCAAGUCCUUGUUUGCCCAGCUGGCUGGAGAGGAUAUGGAGAUAUCUGUCCGUGAACUCAAGACUAUUCUCAACAGAGUAGUGUCCAGACACAAGGAUCUAAAGACAGAUGGCUUCAGCAUGGAGUCCUGCAGAACUAUGGUCAACCUUUUGGAUAAAGAUGGUAGUGCACGGUUGGGUUUAGUAGAGUUUCAGAUUCUCUGGAACAAAGUAAGGAAGUUGCUGGGGAUCUUCAGAGAAUUUGAUAUUGAUAAGUCAGGUACUAUGAGCUCUUAUGAGAUGCGUCUGGCUGUAGAAUCAGCAGGCUUUAAGCUCAAUAACAGACUCAACCAGAUCCUUGUAGCCAGAUACGCUGAGAACGAGGUCAUCGAUUUCGAUAACUUUGUCUGCUGCCUGAUCAAACUGGAGGCCAUGUUCAGAUCUUUUCAGCAGUUGGACAAGGAUGAAACAGGAACGGCUGAAAUGAACCUAUCUGAGUGGCUCCUCAUGACCAUGUGUGGCUGAGGUGCAACACUUUGUGAGCAUCCAAUUCAAGAACCUGCUGAAAAGCGAAAAGGAGUGCUGAACUCCUCAUGCAACAAUCCUAUUUCCACUUUAACCUCAUUAGAAUAAAGUACUACUAUUUUUUAAGGAUUUAUUUUUCAAUCUUAAUAAUAUAUAUUGCAGUUACACUACAAAGAAACAACCUCUAAUGAGAAAUGCUGUCUGAAGAGGACCUCCACUCACCACUUCUGUAAUGAAUGAUGGAAUGGCUGAGGAACAUUGUGCAUGGGAUAAAUAUAUGGGAUAACGUGAGCUUGCUUUUUGUCCUAACAGAAGACCAACCUUAAUUUACAAAAGGCUGUCUAUGAAUAGUGCCAUAGUGGGAGAAAAAUAAACCACAGCACUGCAUGUUCUCCUAUAAGGUGAACUAAUGCAUCCUAUUAAAAAAGUUUUAUGUACACAAUGCGUAAUUGUGUAGAUAUUGUCACUGAUUUCCCAUGAUCAGAGUUUCAGAAUAAACUGUUAUAGUAAACUUAUAAACAAA